AUGGCGAAUUUCAGGAUGUGGGUGUGUUUGUUAUUGAUCUGCGUUUUGUUAUCGCGUUCUGCGUCUCGGCCGCUGCAGACGAUGAACGCAAAGGCAAACGGGAAACGCGGUUUGGUAAGCGAAGCCAAGAAGGUGUUGAAGGAAAGCAUGGAUAAGCUCAUUGGCAAAGGCUUUGAUGAGCCCAUGAGACUGAGUCCUGGAGGCCCUGAUCCUCGCCAUCACUAG